ACACAAAUCCUCUCCAUUUCCUCAUCUGGACGGAAAACCCUUGUUACGAUCAUCUUUACACUCCAGUUCUGGUAAGUCUCGAUUGUUCUGUUGGAUGUUGCUUGCUUCUUUCUAUCUUAUUCUCUCUCUCAUGGAGCCUCUGUUAUCAUGCCUCUUCAUACCUUCUUCCACUCAGGUCUGAAUUUGUGUUUUUCUUCUAUCUUUUCUGAUUCAGAUCUGAAUUUGUGACUUCUAUUUUGGAAUUUUGAAAUUGGGUUUAAUUUUGAGACUGGACUCGCAGAUUAGGCGGGUUUCAUGUUCUGCACUGGAUUCGAAUUGGUUGUGUCAUGUUAUUUUGUGUAGGGUUGCAGCAGCGGGCCGAAGUUUCAGGAGGAGCAAUCUGCUAAAUGGCAGCUUCUUCUAGCAUACAUCCUCCUCCUCAACCGAAGUUUGAUGUUUUCAUUAGUUUCAGAGGAGACACUCGUCAGAACUUUCUUAGUCAUCUUCAUGCUGCUCUGUCCACAGCCAACAUUGUAACUUUCAUAGACGAUCGUCUCAACAGAGGAGACGAAAUUACAGAGGCACUUUUAACAGCAAUUGAGGAAUCGAAACUGUCCAUAGUACUCUUUUCCAAAAACUAUGCUAAUUCGAGAUGGUGUCUGGAUGAAAUUGUAAAGAUACUCGAAUGCAAGAGAACGAAUGGGCAAAUAGUUGUACCAGUCUUCUAUAAUGUCAAUCCAUCAGUUGUACGUAACCAAACAGAACGUUUUGGGGAGGCUUUUGCUCAACAUUCAGAGAAGAACUUUCACAAGAUACCAAUGUGGAAGGAUGCACUCAAAGAAGCAGCUGGUUUAUCUGGGUGGGAUUCCCAUGUCACAAGCCCAGAUGCUACACUUGUUAAUAACAUUGUUGAAGAUGUUUCAGCCAAAGUUGGUUCAUUAACCUCAAGCGGAAAUGAUGAUAGUUUUGUUGGAAUGAAUGAACGCGUUCAAGAAAUUGAAUCGCUAUUGAGUAAAUCUUCCAAAGAUGUUCACACCAUAGGAAUUUGGGGGAUGGGAGGUAUUGGUAAAUCAACUCUUGCUCAAGCUUUUUUCAACGAAGUGUAUGCCCAAUUUGAUGCAUAUUGCUUUCUUGACAAUGUUAGAGAAGAAUCCCAAAAUUGCCGUCUAAAAGAAUUACGAAAGGAACUUCUCUCCGCAAUGCUGAAGAGCGAUAAUCUGAAUCUCAACACUCUUUCUUCUUUAAGACUUCCUCUUGUAAGGAACAGAUUGCAGUAUAAAAAGGUACUUGUUGUUUUUGAUGAUGUGAACGAUUUUCAACACAUACAACAUCUAGUAGGAAAAUUUGAAUGGUUUGCUCCAGGAAGUAUAUUCAUCAUAACAAGUAGAGAUAAGCAAGUGUUGAAGAAUUUAGUUGAUCAGCUCUACGAGGUUAGAGGAUUGAAUUCCCAUGAAGCACUUUGUCUUUUUAGCCAAUAUGCUUUCAGACAACAUCAUCCUCCCAUUAAUCAUGUAUGGUUAUCAAACAAGGUGAUAGAGUAUGCUGAUGGUAAUCCUUUAGCUGUCAAAGUUUUGGGUUCCUAUCUACUUGAAAAGAGCGAGGAAGAGCAACAAUGUGCAAUGGAUAAACUGGAAAGAAUGCCAAACAUGGAUGUUCAUAAGGUUUUGCAAAUCAGCUACGAUGAAUUGGACCAUGAUGCAAAAAAUAUCUUUCUCCAUAUUGCUUGCUUCUUUAAAUUCUUUAAAGACAGGGAUGUUGAAGAAGUAAAAUGUCUUCUGAGAGACUGUGGUUUCUUCGCGGAGGAUGGAAUACGCGUUCUUAUUGACAAAUCUUUAAUAGCAAUUCGCAAAAAAUUUCCAUGGACGCAUGAUUCACAACAAAUUUUAUGGAUGCAUGAUCUACUACAAGAAAUGGGGCGAGAAAUUGUCCGUCAAGAAUCUGUGGACGAGCCGGGAGAACGUAGCAGGUUAUGGGAUCCUCAAGACGUCGCUCAUGUGCUGGCAAAGAAUACUGGCACUAAAAAAGUUCGCGGCAUAGUACUUGAUACCUCCACCUCAAAAAGGGUAAUUAGAGUAUCUCCUACUACUUUUAAAAGGAUGCCCAAUGUUAGACUCCUCCAGAUCACUAAAUAUUAUUGGCAAAAACCGAAAGUGCAACUUCCUCAAGGCCUUGAAUCUCUUCCCGCUGAGUUAAGGUAUCUCCGAUGGUGUGAUUACCCGUUGACAUAUUUGCCAAGGGGUUUUGAUCCCGUGAAUCUAGUUGUACUUGAAAUGCAGAACAGCCAUCUUCAACAACUUUGGCAUGGAAGACAGGAUCUCCCAAACUUGAAACGUAUUGAUCUUUACUACUCACGGAAUUUUAUCAGAAUCCCAAAUUUGACACUUGCCCCAAACCUUGAGACUCUUUCAUUGGCUGGAACUGCAGUAGAAGAAUUGCCAUCGUCAAUCCAAUAUCUCCGUUCACUAGUUCAUGUAAAUCUCUGUUAUUGCAAGAGGCUUAGGAAUCUUCCAAUUGGUAUUGGUAACUUGAAAUGCCUUAGAAAAUUAUAUUUGAGUUGGACUGCAAUAGAGGAAUUGCCCUCAUCAAUUGAAAGUCUCACUGAACUAAGGCAUUUGUAUCUCACGGAUUGUGAGAGGCUUAAGAAUCUUCCAAUUGGUAUUGGUAACUUGAAAUGCCUUCGAAAAUUAUAUUUGAGGGGGACUGCAAUAGAGGAAUUGCCCUCAUCAAUUGAAAGUCUCACUAAACUACGGUAUUUGGAUCUCACGGAUUGUGAGAGGCUUAGGAAUCUUCCAAUUGGUAUUGGUAACUUGAAAUGCCUUGAAAACUUAGAUUUGAGUGGGACUGCAAUAGAGGAAUUGCCCUCAUCAAUUGAAAGUCUCACUCAACUAUGUCAUUUGAGUCUCACGGAUUGCGAGAGGCUUGGGAAUCUUCCAAUUGGUAUUGGUAACUUGAAAUGCCUUGUAUCCUUAGAUUUUAGUGGGACUGCAAUAGAGGAAUUGCCCUCAUCAAUUGAAAGUCUCACUGAACUAUAUAUAGCAUUUGGAUCUCACGGAUUGCAAGAGGUUUAGGAGUCUUCCAAUUGGUAUUGGUAACUUGAAAUGCCUUGAAGACUUAUAUUUGAGUGGGACUGCAAUGGAGGAUUUUGAAUUUGAUCGCAGGAAUAAUUGAGUCGUCAUGAACAUUUCUAUGUUUCAAGAGUCCACAUGCGAAGAUGAAAUUGAUUGUUGAGUUUUGAUGUUUCUUUUUGAUUUGUCUAUUUGCUUCCUUCUAUUAUAUGUUAAAGAGUUGUGUGUGGAACUAAUUGAGGUAAAUGGCUGUUGGUGUGUCAAAAAGCCUUUUUGAGUUGUA